CGCCCAGGCACCGUGACAUCAUCAGCGCGCGCCGCGUCUGUGCGGUCGUCGGCCCUUCCCCUCACAGCCGCCGCCGCGUGCGUGUCGCGUGCGCCCAGGAGAGCGAGCGGCCCGGCAUGGCCCGGGAGAUGCUGUUGCGUGGAAGCCGCCUGCGGGCCCUGCUGCGGGCGGGGAGCCCCGCGCGGCUGCGGGCGCCGGCGGCAGGAAGAGGAACCACAUGUCUUCAGAGAGCAGCCCUCCAUUUCCCAGUCUCCCAGCACAACUUAGCUGUCCUCAGCGUUCUUGCUGGGCAGAAGUACAGUACCCAGGCAGCUGAGAACAAGGAAGAGGAGCCCCUGCACACCAUCAUCAGCAAUACAGAGAAUGUGAAAGGAGAAGCCUCCAAACAUGAGUUCCAGGCAGAGACGAAGAAGCUGUUGGACAUUGUUGCACGUUCCUUGUACUCUGAGAAGGAGGUGUUUAUCCGGGAGCUAAUCUCCAAUGGCAGCGAUGCACUGGAAAAGCUGCGUCAUAAGCUGAUGUCUGAAGGGAAGGUCUUAUCAGAGAUGGAGAUUCACCUGCAGACAGACAGCGAGAAGGGAACCAUCACCAUCCAGGAUACUGGCAUUGGAAUGACCCAGGAGGAGCUUGUUUCUAAUCUUGGCACCAUUGCUCGAUCUGGCUCGAAGGCAUUUCUGGAUGCGCUGCAGAACCAGGCGGAGGCCAGUAGUAAGAUCAUUGGCCAGUUUGGAGUGGGAUUCUACUCUGCCUUCAUGGUGGCUAAUAAAGUGGAGGUGUACUCACAAUCUGCAGAGUCCGGGAGCCCUGGCUACCACUGGUCUUCAGAUGGCUCGGGAAUGUUUGAGAUCGCCGAAGCCUCUGGCGUCAGACCUGGGACCAAAAUAAUUAUCCAUCUCAAAGAGGAGUGCAAAGAGUUUGCGAAUGAGGACCGCGUCAAAGGGGUGGUGACAAAAUACAGCAACUUCAUCGGCUUUCCCCUCUUCCUCAAUGGGAGACGCCUCAACACGUUACAGGCGCUCUGGAUGAUGGACUCCAAGGAGCUUGGUGAAUGGCAGCAUGAGGAAUUCUACCGUUUCAUAGCCCAGGCUUAUGACAAGCCUCGCUACACCCUGCACUACAAGACAGACGCCCCCCUCAAUAUCCGCAGUAUCUUUUAUGUGCCUGAGAUGAAACCAUCCAUGUUUGACGUCAGCAGGGAGCUGGGCUCCAGUGUUGCCCUAUACAGCCGCAAAAUCCUCAUCCAAACCAAAGCUGCUGACAUCCUGCCAAAAUGGCUGCGUUUCCUCAGAGGUGUUGUCGAUAGUGAGGACAUUCCCCUGAACCUUAGCAGGGAGCUGCUGCAGGAGAGCACCCUCAUCAGGAAACUCCGCGAUGUUUUGCAGAAGAGGCUGAUCAAGUUUUUCAUUGACCAAAGCAAGAAGGACCCUGAGAAAUAUGCCAAGUUCUUUGAAGACUACGGGCUGUUCAUGAGAGAGGGGAUUGUGACGAUAGCAGAGCAGGACGUCAAGGAGGACAUAGCGAAACUGCUGCGUUACGAGUCCUCAGCACUGCCUGCAGGCCAGCUGACCAGCCUGACAGAGUACGCCAGCCGCAUGCAGGCAGGGAGCCGAAAUAUCUACUACUUGUGUGCGCCCAAUCGGCACCUGGCCGAGCACUCGCCGUACUUCGAGGCCAUGAAGAAAAAGGAUAUGGAGGUGCUGUUCUGCUAUGAGCAGUUUGAUGAGCUGACACUUUUGCACCUUCGGGAGUUUGACAAGAAGAAGCUGAUCUCAGUAGAGACUGACAUCGUUGUUGACCACUAUAAGGAAGAGAAGUUUGAGGAGAACCGCCCAGCUGCAGAACGCCUGACGGAGAAAGAGGCUGAGGAGCUGAUGGCCUGGAUGAGGAAUGCAUUGGGCUCUCGAGUCACCAAUGUUAAGGUGACUCCACGACUGGACACCCACCCGGCCAUGAUCACUGUGCUUGAGAUGGGGGCUGCCCGCCACUUUCUGCGCAUGCAGCAGCUGGCCAAGACCAACGAGGAGCGUGCCCAGAUCCUGCAGCCCACACUGGAGAUAAAUACUGGGCAUGCGCUGAUCAAGAAACUCAGUCAGCUGAGGGUCAGCCAGCCUGACCUGGCCCAGCUGCUGCUCGAUCAGAUUUAUGAGAACGCCAUGAUAGCAGCAGGAUUGAAUGAUGACCCCAGACCUAUGGUGAGCCGUCUGAAUGAACUUCUUACCAAAGCCCUGGAAAAACACUGAGCCCAAACUGAUCGAAAGGGCAAGCUCUAUGCCAGAUGCCAAUCACUGUUUCCUCCAGCACAACUGCUUUUGUUGUUGACCGUUGGAACAUCUGUCUGUUCCCAGACUCUGUGCUGCAUGGGGUAGAAUAUCUGCAGCUCUGUGCUACAUCUAAAUAUGCUUCCAAGUUUCAUUUUAUAGGGAGGUUGCAGUUGUAAUUACUGGACUGUGUAUUACCCACACAGAGUCCCAUCGUCCUGCUGAGACAAAACCUGGAGAUCACUGCUAAAAUGAUUUGCCAUGAUUUCUAAAUUUGGCCCCAAAGUCUUAAUUUCAUAUUGAUUCUAGAAACAGCCUUUCCCAACAGAGCAGUUGACACCAGGAGUCCAGACUAGCUCCCCAUAUGCCCACCCAGGAAUUAGCUCCCCAGAUGCCCACCCAGCCCACCCUUGGUCUCAGAAUACCAGCCUUCAGCACUAGCAAAAUUCAUUAGCUUGUCAGGAAACCUCCACCUCUGCCUGGCACCUAGGGCUUAGCAAACACAAGGAUAGAUUGUUGCCAUUAGCAAACAUAGGUACUACUAAUGGAACAAUGAUCUGUCAACAGAGUAGUGUAGCAGAUAAGGUAGCUCAGCUGCUGGAUAAUUAAACUCAUCCCUGCAGCUGGGGAAAUGUUUGACAAGCCCACUUGACUUUUUGGACAGUUUCCAGGGUUUUUGCCUCCCUUGUGGUAUAAUUUGCAUGCCCCUGGUAAUCUCUGUUCUGUUUAUUUAUGUUAAAUAAAUUCCUCUUCAUUUCAAGGUACCUUCAA